CCACCAUCCUCAGAGACAUCAUUCUGAGAUCCCCCUUAGAAUAGUCCAUAUCAACCUCGCACAGAAAAUGCGUUUCUCCCUCCUCGCCGUUGUUGUUGCUUUGACAGCAGCUAUGUUUGUCAGUGCAUGUCUGGAAGAUAACCAAAAUUGCAAUCCAAAUGCGACAAAUCCCGUACUCGAAUGCUGCAAAGGUCACUCUUGUGGAGUUUUUGGCAUUCAACCACAUUACUCACCUGCGUGCCUCAGGGUGAAGAUUGGUUCUGUUACAAGCCUAACAAACAUUGAAAAUGGAAAUGGCAACCGGAGGGGCACGUCGUGACAGUGAGUCAUGUUUCUGCUUUUGCUUUAGUAUCAUAUUUAAUAGUGCAAUACCUAGUUCGCCGUUCGGAGCCAAUCAGUACAGUUGCUUUUGAACAAAUUUUCGUACUGCUCGAGCAAUGUGGAUGUUUGAAUUUAUCUAAAAUGAUUGAACGUGCCCAGUCUUGCUCGUGGACCACUAAGCUUGAGUUCGUGUAGCGUAGGGAGCUCGGGACUCCGGAAGUGAAUCUCUUCAUCAAGCGAGUGUUGGAUGAGGCGUAAGACAUAAAUGAUUAUCCUGUUUACUAGAUGCACUCUAGAA